GUGCGUCCGACCUUAGAGACACUUCGAAACGCCGGCAUCAAAGUAUGGAUGUUGACAGGCGACAAAUUGGAGACGGCGGAAUGUAUCGCUAAGUCUUCACGUCUCGUGCCUCACGGCCAGGCGCUGCACAUAUUCCAGCCCGUCACUGGUCGUUCUGAGGCUCAUUUGGAGUUGAAUUCCUUCCGCCGACGCUGUGACCUACCUUUGGUGAUUACAGGUUCUUCCUUGGAACUCUCCUUCUAG